AUAAUAUUCGAGUGAAGGAACUAUAAUAUUGGUCCUAUAUAAAUGACUUUUUAAAGAGGGAGUGUGUUAUGGAUUUAAAAUAAUUUCAGUGUUCAGUAAAUGUACUCUAUUUUCCAGAUUUUAGAGGAGGCUGAGAUUUUGAACUUAACUGUAUGUUAAAUUACACGUUAAUGGCAUUUGUACUUUGUAACUCGGGUGAAAGUUGUGAGUGAUUGGAAUAAACCUUGUGUUGAGAUAAACUUUCAAGAAAUGUUGAUACCAGGGAGGAGUAUCGGAACAAACUGAGACAGUGUUGUAGAGUUCAGCGACAGAACACUUGUUCACGGCUGCUCGAGACAGGAACUUGAUUCAAAACCUUAGAAGGGAUUGAAGGAAUUGGAGGAUGCUGGCUGUGUUUGUUCUGGGGCUGACUCUGUCAGUGACAGCUGCCGAGGAUAUUCUCAAUAUUUGUAUGAGUGCAAAACACCACAAGGAAAAGCCAGGAUUUGAGGGAAGUCUCUACAAACAGUGUGAACCUUGGAAGGAUAAUGCUUGUUGUAGAGCCAACACCACCUUCGAGGCACACAAUGACCAGUCCCAUCUCUACAACUUCAACUGGAAUCACUGUGGCAUAAUGACUGAAAAAUGCAAGAGGCACUUUAUCCAGGACACCUGUUUAUAUGAAUGCUCCCCUAACCUGGGUCCCUGGAUUGUGACGGUUGAUCAGUCUUGGAGGAAAGAACGUAUUAUGCACGUCCCAAUCUGCAAGACUGACUGUGAAGACUGGUGGAAGGACUGUCAGGAUGAUCACACGUGCAAGAGUAACUGGCACAAAGGAUGGGACUGGAGCACAGGGAUAAACCAGUGCCCGACAGGAAGCAAAUGUGAGAAGUUUAUUGAAUUUUUCCCAACCCCCCGGGACCUUUGCGAGAAGCUGUGGAGUUACUCAUAUGAAUUCACGGAACAUGAUCGCGGGAGUGGCAAGUGUAUUGCUAUGUGGUUCGACACCUCUGGCUCCAGGCAGAACCCAAAUAUGGAGGUUGCACGGUACUAUGCCAUUCAGAAGGGUCUGAUCGCAUCCUCUUCGUCUGUUGAGCUGACUGUCCCACUGUUCCUGACUCUUCUGCUGCUCUCCGUCUUGUCUUAGCUUUCCCUGGCUAUAAGCAGAAAGGAGAGUGGACUGUUGAAAUACAUCUCUUGCAUUUUCCCUUCUGCAUUCACCAGCUCUACCAUAUCUUGGUUUUAAAAAAGAAAUUUGUUUGCUUUUCUUGCUGAGGCAAUCCAUUGGCUAUGUCCGGGGGUGAGAUUUGUCGGGGGAGAGGAGAUGUUGCACUUGUUAUCACUGUCAUUGUUAUGGGUAAGUGGCAAAAACGCAAAGAGCAUAUUUAUAUAGCACCUUUUGUAUAGCAACCUCAGGAUAUUCCAAAACACUUUACAGCCAGUCGAUUGCUUGUAAAUUCUUGUUCCCUGUUGCAAUGCAGGCAAAGGUGGCAGCCAAUUUAUACACAUGAAGUUCCUGCAGACAUUUUCCAGUCAUCCUGUUCAGAGAUGUUAUGACGCACCUCUGGAACAGGACUUCAGACUAGGCCCCUGGCUCAAAGGUAGGGAUACUCCCACUGCACCACAGGGCCCACAAAGCUCCUGCAGAUUCUUAACAAUUGGAUGGUAGUUCUCAGUCACAGUGACUAGAAUUUGAUGCCAGUUCUUAAAUUUUAGUUAAAUUCCAUUUCUUGGUAUUCUGAAAUUUGAACCAGACCACUAGCCUGGACUUCGGGAUUAUUCAUUUACUGACAUUACCACUGCAUUACCACUGAGGCAGCAGUGCUAACCACUGGGGCGGUACUGUGGUGCAGUGGUUA